GCACCAGCAGACUUUCUCUCUCUCUGUUGCCCUACUUCCUCCUGGUCUGUCUUUCCAUUCCUAGGUUAGAAGAUGGGGAGACCUGACCCAGAAGAAGGGCAACUCCCGGCUCCUGUGAAGCCCCCAGAUGGUGGCUGGGGCUGGAUCGUGCUCCUUGGCUGCUUUGUCAUCACUGGCUUCUCCUAUGCCUUCCCAAAAGCCGUCAGUGUCUACUUCAAGGAGCUGAUGAAAGAUUUCCACGUGGGCUACAGUGACACAGCCUGGAUCUCUUCCAUCAUGCUGGCCAUGCUCUAUGGGACAGGACCAGUAUGCAGCAUCAUGGUGAACCAGUUUGGCUGCCGGCCCGUGAUGCUCAUUGGCGGGCUGCUAGCUUCUGCUGGGAUGAUCCUGGCAUCUUUUACCACCAAUAUCAUUGAGCUUUAUCUGACAGCUGGUGUGCUGACAGGUCUGGGUAUGGCAUUGAACUUCCAGCCCUCACUGAUCAUGCUGGGCACCUACUUUGACAAGCGUCGGCCUCUCGCCAAUGGACUGGCUGCUGCUGGGAGCCCUGUCUUCCUCUCCUCCCUCUCUCCACUGGGGCAAGUGCUGCUGGAGAAGUUUGGCUGGCGAGGAGGGUUCCUUAUCAUGGGGGGCCUUCUGCUUAACUGCUGCACUUGUGGGGCAGUCAUGAGACCCCUGGAUAUGGGCAUGAAGAGGAAGAUGGGCAAAGCUCAGGACAAAUAUGAAGCCAAGGAGAUGCUGCCCAUAGGAGGGAAGUCAGACGAGGGAAUCAGCACCACUGAUGGAACCAAGAAAGGCAAGAAAGCCAAGAAGAAGCCUAAGAAAGGAAAGAAGCUUCUGGAUUUCAGUAUCUUCUCCAACCGAGGGUUUAUCAUUUACACCAUUUCAAAGUUCAUCCUGGUCCUGGGUCUCUUCGUGCCCCCCAUAUUGCUGGUCAACUAUGCCAAGGACACAGGCGUGCCAGACACAGAGGCCGCGUUCUUGCUCUCCAUCAUCGGCUUCAUAGACAUCUUUGCCCGCCCAGCCUGUGGCAUGGUGGCAGGGCUGAAGUGGGUCCGCCCUCACGUGGCAUAUCUGUUCAGCUUCUCCAUGCUCUUCAACGGCCUGACAGACAUCUGCAGUGCCAGGGCGAGCAACUACACGGGGCUGGUCAUCUUCUGCGUCUUCUUCGGCAUCUCCUACGGCAUGGUUGGGGCACUGCAGUUCGAGGUGCUGAUGGCCAUCGUUGGCUCCCAGAAGUUCUCCAGCGCCAUCGGGCUGGUCCUCCUCAUCGAGGCUUUUGCCGUGCUCAUCGGCCCACCCUCGGCAGGCCGCCUGGUCGAUGCUCUCAAGAACUACGAGGUGAUCUUCUACCUGGCGGGCUCAGAGGUCGUGCUCUCUGCCCUCUUCCUGGGUGUGGCCAGCUACUGCUGCCUGAACCGAGGGAAGAAGGAGCCUCCCCCCGAGAACAACCCCUCUGCGGGAGCGGGCAGCGACACCGAGGAAGCGGAGUCCGACGUGCAGGAAGCCGAGGAGCACAGCAGCAACAACCACCAGCCGGCCCACAGCACUGACAACGCCGUGGUGGUGGCCAGCGAGGAGGCCAACCAUGUGGCAGAGGAGCAGAGAGGGGAGGGAGGCGGCUGUCCCGCCGGGGAUGGGGAGGUGCUGGCCCGGGACGGCUGCAACGCUGACCAGAGGGUGGAGAGGGACAGUUUUUAGCCGGGGCAGAGAACAGGGAUGUAUAAAACUGGCCUUGUUUGCAAGCACCUCAGCAUGGGAGGGUAGGCGGGAUGCAGGGAGCAGAAAGCUGGGACAAAGGCAGAUGUAAGAAAUAAGUGGGAGAGGUGCAAGAAUAGCUGGUCCUUAUGUACAUAUGUCCACAACCUACCCAGUGAUACGUCUGCUUGCAUCCUGCACCCAUGCUGGUACAACGCAGGCUCAGAGCAGCCCAAACACCAAAAAGAAAAAUAAUAAUCUUCUUUCCUCACUUUCAAACCAGCCCUGGAGAAAGUCUUCAGAAGAGGCUGCCAAGGACUCUCCUUUUCCUUCUGCAUGGUCACAAUACAGAACACAAACAAUUAGAGACUCUUUGUA